AGGGCGCGCUACCGACACUGACCACAUAGCGGCCGCCAGCCACGUCGCCACCACAUCCAUCACACACAGUUCCAGGAUGGAUCCCUCCGGACGCGUCUGCCUGGUGACUGGAGCGGCUGGAGGCCUGGGGCGGGCCUUCUGCAGAGCACUGAUCGCAGCGGGAGCCAAGGUGGUCGCAUCGGACAUUGAUGAGAAGAAUGGGGAGAAGUUUGCUGCCGAACUGAGGAAGGAAUUUGGUGAGGGAACCGCCAUCUUUGUCAAGGCUGACGUUACUAGCUCCGAAUCGCUGGAAGAGGCCUUCAAAGCUGCCAAGUCGACGUUCGGCCGGCUGGACAUCUUGGUGAACAACGCGGGCAUCCUGCAGGAGGACGGCUGGCAGAAGGCGGUCGACAUCAACGUGAAAGGCACGGUGCACGGCGUGCUGCUGGCCCUGAAGCACAUGGGGAGGGCAACAGGCGGAGACCCCGGGCUGGUGGUUAACCUGUCGUCCAUCGCGGGGCUGCACGCCGCCCCUCACGUGCCCAUCUACUGCGCCACCAAGCACGCUGUGGCCGCGCUGUCUCGCUGCUACGGGGCCGCGAUGCACGUGGAGAACACAGGAGUCUCUGUGGUGGCGCUGUGCCCUGGUGCUGCCGACACGUCGCUGACACACAACUCUGCCUUUAACUACCAGCAUCCCUAUCUCAAACCGUACAUCGACCAGGUGCUCAAGAGCAUCCCCAUCCGCAAGCCCGAGUUUAUGGCUGAGGCGCUGCUGAGGGUGAUCCGGGAGGCGAAGUCCGGCUCUGUGUGGUUGGCGGACGACGGUCUCAUCGAGGAGGUGGUCUACCCUCCAAACCUGCAGUGAGGGUGCCCGUCGCCUUCUGGAUUUCUCUGCACCAACACUGGCUGUGUACACACACACACACACACACACACACACACACACACACACACACACACAUUGGUUUUACGCGGCUCAUACUGAGAAAGUCAUCAGCCAUCCAACGAUUUUUUGGACAGAAUGCGUACAUGAACGUAAUCGUCAGAUUUUUCUGAUACUUUUUAAUGCCGUCGUCCCAAUUUCUCCGCACAAACUUUCCUCAUUAAAAUCCUCCGUGUCUGAGGUCAUUCUGGCUGUCAGAAGGCGCUGUCACACUACUUUCUGGAUGUCAGGCAUUUCGUAGCGUCUGCCUUGCAGUCAGUUGUUCAUGGGACCGAAAAGCUGGUAGACGGUAGGUGCCGACUCGGAAAGACCUAGCUUUGGAAAACUUUCACACUGUGGCACGACUAUUGCCCCACUAGUGUGUUUACGUUAAUUUGAGCUACGAACCACUUCCUGCACAGCACCGUGCCCUGCAGGUAGUCACAGGUGGUCGAGGACGACACGGUCAGAAACACUCGGAAAAGUAUCUAACGAUGUUGCGGGGUAGGUUGCACAGAGAAAUAAUUGUGAAGAAAAAAAUUCGUUACGGUGUGCCGCGGUGGUUAAGGUCCGAACACUACAGAGAUGUAAAAGUGUCCGUUUGCAGCUGACGAUUGUACCGAUCUGUCGAGGUCUGAUCAUAUCGGCCACAAUGCAACCCAGAAGACACUGCCUCGCUUUCCUUUUUUUUUUUUAUGACGAUUCAAAACGGUGCCAUUCCCUAAUCUGGCGUUUAGUUUCAGACUGGUAAUGACAGAGGCAGCUUUCUUCGCCAGUCAUAUGACACGUCAAAAAAUUGUCUCCUUAAUCCCAAUAUCUCUGAAAAAAACAAGUUCAUACGACAGUUCACUGAACUUUGUCGUCUUUCAUCAAUAAACAUGGGACCAUAGGGGUAAUAAAUUUUCAUUAGUCUGAGCUACGAACCACUUCCCGCGCUCCCGAGCUACUGUCGCAAUUUUCCAAUUUCAUGGUCAGUGACGCAACUGUAUCCUCAACUCGUCCCUCGCUCAGUGUGCCGUGCUGGCAGCCACAGGUGGUCGAGGACGACCUGGUCAGAAGAAGCCUGAAACGCUUGUAAGGGUGUUGCAGGGUAGGUUGAGCAGAGAAAUAAUUGUGAAAACAAAACAAUUCGAUACGUUGUGCCGUUUCCGAGUUAAUUAGCGUUGAAGUUAGCCAAUCAGACCACUGCGCGCGCAGAUUCAAGCGGACCGCCAGGUACAAUUAGUGUCAGUAGUUUUCAUAGCGUAGAUGACAGAGCUAGAGUCUGCUCGGCCUUUGCAGCGGGUUAGAUUAUUACUACCGUCCCAUGUCUAUCUGUUGUAUCGUUGUAUUGUUCGAGUUUAGGAAACCAAAUGAAGAACGUUUUUGAGGACAGUGUCUCUGGUAGGUCACUUUAAUUUGCACAUGCAACAGCCUGAUUGGCUAACUUUAAUGUUAGUUAUCUUAUACAGCGCACAUGUAUCGAUUUGUUUUCUCAAUAGUUAUUUCUCAGUACAAAUUACCCUGCACACACAAACUCACACACACACACACACACACACACACACACACACACACACAGCCCCACAUCGGGGGUUCGUGUCCUGCCCGCCGCAUCACAAGUGUUCCCUCACUCGCCUCCCCUAACACUGUUGGCACUUUCGCACCUACAUCCGCAUGCUGCCUCAACUUUCGAUUAUUACUCAGAGGCCGCACCCCUGUACCAAUACUUGUAUAUGAUCAUUGACAUCUGAGGCGGAAUCAUUUCUCCUCUUUAACAAGCAGUUCAGUUACAGCACGGUGGCUAAACGAAACACUGAUGUCUGACAUUUCGUAAACAUAGUCUAUGUUAACGUGAAAGAAGUUAAUGACAUACAGUGUGUGAGCGCACAGUCGGAAGUCUGCAGAUUAUCACAACACAGUGAUUUUCAUUUCGUUGUAAGAAAUGUAGUUGCAGCAAACGGCUGCUUACGACUUUCAGUAUGAGCCUCCAACGGAACCGUUACUAGUUCUGUAUCUCAAUGUAGAAACCGCAGCCCAAAUCCCGAUUUUAAUUUGAAAAAGUAGCUGUCACUAACAUUUGUUUUGUGUUACUUGUCGACUAAGCAAGCAAGAGUGUAGCAAACACUGUCUUGGUUUAUAAUGUUGUGAAAACUAGUAUUAAUUUUAGUGCCAAAGGUACAUGUAGAUUUGUUUCAACAAAUAAAUAAAGAAUACAGUAUAUAGUAAUAA